GUCUGUCCGUAACCAUAAUCUCAUCCUUUGUCACAAACCGAUAGGUACCUGAAAAUGGCGCAGAGUGUGACCAACACAUUCAUCCAAGGAACACGCUUUCUUCCACUCCCACCUCCCAAGAAAAACGUAGGGAGAGUGGUGCAGUGUGGGGUUCGGUGCAGGAAGAAGGAUAUACACCCGGAAUUCCAUGGGGAAGCCAAGGUGUACUGUAACGGAGAGCUGGUGAUGACGACGGGUGGGACCCAGAAGGAGUAUGUGGUGGACGUGUGGUCGGGGAACCACCCAUUCUACCUCGGCAACCGCUCGGCGGUUAUGGUGAGCGACGACCAGGUGGAGAAGUUCAGGAAGAAGUUCGGGGAGCUCACGCAGAUUAUGGAGAUUCCUGUCCUCAAAGGAGAGAUUGUUAUCCCCUCCAGACGCAAGGGGGUUUCCAAGGGAGGCAAAAAGAAGUGAUCUUCUCUUCUUGGUAACUUUUUUUUUUGUCAAUUUCAAUUGGUGUAAUAUGAUCAAACGCUUCUCUCAACUGUUUGAAAAAAUGCUGCUAUGGAUAUUGUUUUCAGCAAACGGGUGAAUGUGGAUAUGUUUGUCACUGGUAAAAAACAUGCAUUGGGAUUCAUUGUGUUGA